AUGGGUUUCCGGGGUAACAACGUACUACACAAGAAUCACUUUCGAAAAGAUUGGCAACGUCGAGUCAAGACGUGGUUUGAUCAACCUGGAGCCAAGAAACGCAGACGUAAUGCUCGACAAGCCAAGGCUGCUGCUGCUGGUGUGAGACCUACCUCUCUCCUUCGUCCUGCUGUCCGAUGCAUGACCGUGCGUUACAACCGAAGACUCAGAUCUGGUCGUGGAUUCACCGCUGCUGAAUUGGCCGCUGCCGGUAUCCGACGCAAGGAAGCUCUCACCAUUGGUAUUCCUUACGAUCACCGACGACGAAACAAGAGUGAAGAGGGUGUCUCCGUCAACACCGAGCGACUCUUAGCUUACAAGGAACGAUUGAUCCUUUUCCCCAAGAACGCCAAGAAGCCUGCCAAAGGCGACUCAACCGACCUCACUGCCCCCACCACUCAAAACAUCACCUCCGUUCUCCCCAUUCCAUCUGGAACAAAGCCCGAAGCUGCCCGUGCAAUCACUGCCGAGGAGCGCGAGUUCAACGCCUACCGUGCUCUCCGGGAGGCCCGAACACAACAGAGACAGGCUGGUAUCUGGAAAGUCCGAAAACAAAAGAAGGAGGAAGAGGAAGCUGCCAAGAAGAAGUGA